AUAAGAAUAAAUAAAUUGAUAAAGAAUAAUAAAGCUGCUAAAAUGCUAGCCUGGCUUCUGCACAGACAAUUUGUUUAUGAGUAGAGAAGUUUCUGCUCAAAGACGAGGAGCAAGUUGGCUCCAUGUGCAACAGAAGCUCACCUUCCCCAGAACAUGUCGAAGGGGAAGGGGCGUCUAAGGCCCAGGACAACCUUUCUCCCCUCAACCAACCCCAGAGAGCUUCCCUCUGUUGGAGAAGCCUUUCAAAGAUGGGGUGGAAAUUCACUUGAAGUGGCUUUGAAGCCACCAAGGCGCUACUUCCCUUCCGGGGGAGAACCAGAAGGGAUUGGCAGGAAUCAAGCAGCCCAGACCCACCCAAAGCAGCCGGAGGGUGGGCUUGAGAAAACCCUCCCCAUCGCAGGCUCCACCAGUCUCUGUCUCUAGCAGCCUCCAGGAAACAAGAUCUCACCAUCAUGUAUCCCGUUCACAGUAAUGAGGAUGGCAUUUCUCAGCAUUCUCCAUUGAUUGAUUUUUAUUUAUUCAUAUUUAUUCCUUUAUUUAUUGAUGUACUGAAUCUAUAUAUCGCCCUACCCCUGGAGGUCUCAAGGCGGUUCAAAAUAUAAAACCACAACAUAUAUAAUCAAAAUAAAAACAACAAGCCAAUAAUGCCCCCCACCCCCACAUUUUAAAAGGGCUUAGGAUGCCUGGGAUACAAGGCUGGGACGCCUUCAUCUGGCUGUUGUCCAUCCCUGACUCUCCCACCUCUUCUUAAAAACCUCCAAUGAAUCAUAGAAUGGGAGCCUUGGAAAGGGACACCAAGGUCCUCUAGUCCAACCCUCUGCAAUGCAGGAAUCUCAGCUAAAGAAUCCCAACAGAUGGCCAUCCAAACUCUGCUUAAAAACCUCCAAAGAAGGAGUGUCCAUGGUUGGAUCCAGCUCCUUCUUUGGUGCUUGUGAGCAAAGUUCAGGCCAAACUUCCAACUCCCAAACACACCCCUUGACUUCUGUCCAACAUGUUUUUCUCCAGCUCUGCACCUGCCACUUGAGCCAUUCAAAACUCCAGAAAGUUAUUGUGGUGAAACUUAUUCCACUUAGAAUAGUCGAAAUUAUAGUGAUCUCAUCUUCUAAAAGCUCAGGAGAUAUUUCUGGAAAUUGCAUGAGCCUCGGAAAGCAACAACAGCAUGGCAAUAUUAAUUGAAGUGUGACUGGGAAAGAAAAAGUUGGUGCAGAUAAUUUUUCCUGUGUUGGAGACAGACUGAGUCAAGAUGCAGAGCUGGCGAAAGAGGGGUGUGCCUGCCUUGUGCUUCCUAGCUCCGAAGGUAGAGUUGAAAACCACCCAGAUUGGGAAAGCCCAGGCAGUCUGGCCUUGCAAGAGUCUUUGGGUUCUUCUGCUUUGCCUCCUUGGCAGGUAAGAGGAGGAGGAGGCACAGCCAGAAUGAGAUCCCUGCUCCUUCUGUUGUUGUUGCUGCUUCUGCUGCUCAUGAUGCCCUUUGGAGUCUGCGGGAACCACAAGGCGAAAUGCCCCUUGAAUCUGGUCAGGGAUGAAACGGAUGCUCGCAAUUACUACUGGCCUGGACACUUUCUCAUCAGUGGGAUCAUAUCUCCAAAACGCUUAUAUAAGGAAACUCCAUACGUCUUUUCUCAGACACCCUUCGCCAGGACUGAGAGGGAGUCACCUAGGCUCUAUUCGUACAUGUUGUCUUUCCCGCUCACCAUCCAAGAGAUCAACCAGGAUCUCAGGCUCUUACCCAACAUCACCCUGGGCUACAACCUCUAUGAGAACUAUUUAGAUGCAAGGAUGACUUCGGACGCCAUGCUAGAGCUGCUUGCAGGCAGUGGAUGCAAUAUUCCCAAUUAUCACUGUGGAGAACAGAAUCCCCUGCUGGCUGUUCUUGAAAGAAGCAACACUUUCAUCUCAAGAGUGAUUUCAGCCUUGUCAGACAUCUACAAAAUCCCUCAGAUCAGUUAUGGCUUCACUGCCCAGGUUCUCGAAGGUAAAACCCUGUUCCCUUUUGUCUACCGGAUGACUCCCAAAGAGGAAAGUCAGUACCAGGGGAUUGUUGAAUUGCUCCUGCAUUUUGGAUGGACGUGGAUUGGCCUCUUCACUCCAGACAAUGACAGUGGAGAAAGAUUUGUGAGCGCUGUGAAACCUCUGAUGCUCAGCAAAGGGAUCUGCAUUGCUUUAUCAAAAAGAGUACCAGAAAAUGAUCCAAAUCAAUUUAUCAGGCCUGGGGAACCUUUUUUCCUAUGGAGACAAGUUGGGGUAUUUUUUUACUAUGUAACCAAUGCAAUGGGCAUCGUUCUACUCCUGGCAAUAAACAUAGUAUAUGAGAAGGAAAUAGGGGCAAAAGUCUGGAUCACAACAGCUUUGCGAGAAAUCGGAACUGGCUAUUACAUCCCUCCAAAUGGCUUCCAGUACCUCCAUGGUUCUCUGUCCUUUGCAAUUCAGACCGGAAUAAGGAGCAGCAAAGGUGACAACUAUAAUUCACCGUCCAAUCUUGUGGAUUCUUUGGAUGAAGCGUUUCAGUGUUCAUAUUCAAAGCAUUUGUUGUCUGUGAAAGGCAGGAUAAGAUGCAAAGAGGAGGAGAAACUGGAGCCAUUAUCCCAAUGGGAGCCUGAGAGAGUCCUGUUUGUAGACAGCUAUGGCACUUACAUCAAUGUUCACACUGUGGCUCAGGCCUUGCAUGCUUCACUUUCAUCGAGAUCCCAGAGGAGGCUGAUGGUGGAGGAAGGAGAGCAAUGGGGACCCCAAAGGCUACAGCCGUGGCAGCUUCACCCUUUCUUAAGAGAAAUCCGGUGUCUGAAUACUUCCAGAGGCAGGCUGUGCUUGGAUGAGAACUGGGAGCUGCCAGGAGACUUCGAUAUUUUGAACUGGGUGAUGUCUCCCAAUAAGUCUCAUGUCGCUGUGAAAAUUGGGAAUAUAAGGAGAGAGACGUCUGCUAGCAUAAAGUUCACCAUUAACCCAGAAGCUAUUGAGUGGCCCAAGAAAUUCAACAAGGCCGUACCUCGUUCCAGGUGUACAGAAAGAUGUCGACCUGGCUAUGCCAAGGUGGUUCUAGAAGGAGAGCCCAUUUGCUGCUAUGCUUGUGCUCGGUGUGCGGAAGGGACCUUCUCCGCCCAGGAAGAUGCAGAACAUUGCACCAAAUGCCCAGAAGAUCAACAUUCAAACAAGGACAGAGAUCAAUGUGUCCCCAAGAUUGUCAUCUUCCUGACUUAUGGAGAAUAUCUGGGAAUUGUUUUAGCUUCCAUUGCCCUCUUCUUGUCCUUAACAGCAAGCAUUGUGUUGGGAAUCUUCAUUAAAUACAAGGAAACUCCCAUAGUCAAAGCCAACAACCGGGACCUCUCCUACAUCCUGCUUGUCUCCCUCCUGCUUUCCUUUUUGUCCUCCUUCCUCUUCAUCGGGCGCCCAAGGAAAGAGACCUGCCUUCUCCGACAAACGGUCUUCAGCAUCAUCUUCUCAGUUGCUGUUUCUUCUGUCUUGGCAAAGACCAUCACGGUGGUGCUGGCCUUCCUGGCCACAAAGCCCGGGAACAGGGUGAGGAGAUGGCUGGGCAAGAGUCUGGCCAACUCCAUUGUCAUCUCCUGUUCUGGGGGGCAAGUUCUCAUCUGCACCAUCUGGCUGGGCUCUUCUCCCCCAUUCCCAGAGCCCGACAUGCACUCCCAGGUGGAAGAGAUCAUCCUGCAAUGCAACGAAGGGUCUGUGGCCAUGUUUUACGUUGCCCUCAGCUACAUGGGCUUCUUGGCUGCCACCUGCUUCACGGUGGCUUUCCUAGCCAGGAAGCUGCCUGGCUCCUUCAACGAAGCCAAGCUGAUCACCUUCAGCAUGCUGGUCUUCUGCAGUGUUUGGGUCUCUUUUGUGCCCACCUACCUGAGCACCAAGGGCAAGUACAUGGUAGCCGUGCAGAUCUUCUCUAUGUUGGCCUCCAGUGCUGGGCUUCUGGGCUGCAUCUUCCUUCCCAAGUGCUACAUUAUUGUGCUGAGGCCUGAUCUGAACUCAAAGGAGCACCUGACAACAAAAUCUUAAGAUUUCUGGUCUUUAGAGAAGUCUUUACCAGCCAUUUUGCAUACAGCAUGAAGGCUGAAAAUGAAUUUAAAGUAGCAGCAACAUCCACAAAACCUCUGGGCUUGAUUUUCAGCCGGUAUCCCAUGGGAUACCUGAUCAAAUGUGUUGGUCUUUAUGCCGGUAUUUUAUUUUCAGAAUAACCAGGACUCUGUUUU